GCACGUUACUACCUGCCACCUCUCGCCCGCCUCCCACCUCUCGCCCCCCACCCAGAUCUCCCUCGCCUCGCCUCGACCUCAACGCCCGCGGAAUCGGAGGAGCGCGCGACGAUGUCGACCACGGCGGUGGUGCAGGCCGGCGACGCGCCGGACCCGACGGUGCGGAACCUCCUGGAGCAGGACACCCUCAAGUGGGUCUUCGUCGGCGGCAAGGGCGGCGUCGGCAAGACCACCUGCAGCUCCAUCGUCUCCAUCCUCCUCGCCUCCGUCCGCCAGUCCGUGCUCGUCAUCUCCACCGACCCCGCCCACAACCUCAGCGACGCCUUCCAGCAGCGCUUCACCAAGUUCCCCACCCUCGUCAAGGGCUUCUCCAACCUCUACGCCAUGGAAAUUGAUCCCAAGGUAGAAAAUGAUGAUUUUGGCAAUGAAGGAAUGGAAGGAUUUAUUUCAGAAUUGACAAAUGCAAUUCCAGGAGUCGAUGAAGCUAUGAGUUUUGCUGAAAUGCUGAAAUUAGUUCAAACAAUGGAUUACUCCGUUGUAGUUUUUGAUACUGCUCCUACAGGGCAUACUUUACGGUUGCUGCAGUUUCCAGCAACACUGGAGAAGGGCCUAGAGAAAAUGAUGGACUUAAAGAAUAGAUUCGGUGGUCUGAUAAAUCAGGCCAGUCGACUUUUUGGUCUCGGUGAUGAUUUGAACGAGGAUAUGAUGCUUGGGAGAAUUGAAGGCAUGAAGGACGUGAUCGAGCAAGUGAACAGGCAGUUUAAAGAUCCAGACUUGACAACCUUUGUUUGUGUUUGUAUUCCUGAAUUUCUUUCAUUGUAUGAAACGGAGAGAUUGGUGCAAGAGUUAGCGAAAUUCGAGAUUGAUGCACACAAUAUUAUAAUCAAUCAAGUUAUUUUUGACGAGGAAGCUGUUGAGUCGAAACUGCUAAAAGCGCGGGUAAAGAUGCAACAAAAGUAUGUCGAUCAGUUCCAUAUGUUAUACGACGACUUCAACAUCACCAAGUUGCCCUUGCUCCCAGAGGAGGUAUGUGGUGUUCAAGCUCUACAAAACUUCUCCAAGCACUUCCUGGCACCAUACACGGCGUCGCUGAAAAGGGGCAGCGUGGAGGAGCUAGAAGAGCGAGUGGCUACACUGAAAUCAGGACUGCAAGUGGCCGAGUCGGAACUAGAUAGAGUUAGGAAAGGAAAGCAGGUAGCAUGAGCCAUUUUCGCCUGUCAGAAGCUCUUGCACUCUGCAGACACUGGCUAUAGAGAUUUUCCUCGUUCCUGCAUUCUCCGGUCGAUUUCCUCCAUUUCCUGUUUCCCCAGUUGAAAAUUUUAGAUUUGUUGUUAUAGUCAUCAGAAGAGAAGUGUACUGUAAGGCACGCGAUAUAUAUAGGUCUCUUUUUUUUUUGCCCUUCUGUUAGGGUUAUGAUUGGAAUUGAUUAUAGGUUGCUUAGGAGCUGUUGUGGGCUGAGAUUGGAAUUGAUUACCUAGAAUCCCUUGUGCACUGCUGUACCAGUAUCUCGUUAAACAUAAGUAAGUUUGGAAAAUCAAUAAAGGAUGGCUGAGAGCAACAA